AUGAUCUGGCUGAGGCAUUGGCCUGCAAGGGUCUGCAUCACCGGCCUACACAGAUACUGCAGAGAUAUCAUUCUGUCAAUGUACACGUCCUAUCAACAGGUUAUGCAGUACCAUAAGACUGAAAGGUGUGAAGAGAUGGGGAUGAAGCUUGUACAUUCGCACAACACUGUUAUUGAACUUUACGACAAACACCUUCAAGCACCUGGUUGGCCUGAAGACCCUGCUGUGGAACAAGCAGUACUUCUGAUAAAGCCAGCAGCAGGUCGCAUGAUCAAAAAGUCAAUACUCUCUGCGUGGGUAGAAGUCACCCCAACUGGCAAGAAACGCAAGUUACAUGAUAUUGAGUCAGACGAUGACAGUGGAGUGCCCAGCCUGCAUGGUGUUUCAUCAGAAGUUGGUGAUGGGACUCUAUUGGUGACUGGCCUGGAUGAUCUCAAGCACCUACAUUCUCAUUUUAGUCCUUGA